AUGGCUUCAUCAUUAUCAUCAUCAUCAAUGGCUUCGGACUUCGAACAUUUUGGUCAUAAAGUUUAUUCAACUGUUACUCAAAAUAAAAAUAAUCAAAAUGUAUUUCUUUCACCAGCAAGCAUUGCACUUGCUAUGUCAAUGUGUACAGUUGGAUCAGAAGCAGCAGCAGCUACAGCAGUUGUCAUGAUGCGUUGUUGCGCAUCAAUUUCUCCAAAAACAUCGCCUAUUGAAUUCAAAGCUGAUCGACCAUUUUUAUUUUUCAUUCGUGAAAAUCGACAAAAUAUUGUUUUGUUCAGUGGCAAAUUUGUUUCACCACCAACAGCAUCAUAA